AUGGAAGCUGCUUGGAUUUCAAAGAACUAUGGUGACGAUCUGUACCCACAAUGCACGUACACAUGCAUUCGAGUCUUCGAUAGAGGACUUGCUCACGCAAGCAAGAAGGGUAAGAUACGACCGACGUCAUCGGCUUGGCCGACACGAGACGACGCCACCCAUUCAACGCCGUCUACGACACCGGAAAAGAACUGCUCCUCGCAACACGCGACAGUUUAG